UACAUGUCUGAAUUACAGAUAAGACAUGCCGUGAUAACAUAUCUUAAGUUGGUGUCUGUUCUAAAACUCAACACUACAGACCAUCACAAUGUAUUGGGUUCACUCAAUACUCGCUGUAUUUAUUUGUGUGUUGAGCGGCGUUGAUGCUAACCUCCAGGACUGUCUUGAUGUAGUAGACACUUACUGUCCCCCAGAAGCCAGUCCCCAUGUGGAUCGGUAUUACUGUGACAGUAAAGGCAGAGUAUACAACGGCAGUUGCCAACUUCAAGAACAGUUCUGCAGGCUCACAUUUUCCCAUAACGAGUCAUUCCAUUUAACCAGACUAGGACCAAACUGUGACCAUCCUUUAUACAUUGCUGCCGUCCCUCGACCCCUUACUCCAGAGGAGACACAGUUAUUUGCUUCCAUUGUCCAUGGUGUGGACGACAGACUAAAAAGGUCCGAGAUGGCAGGCAUAACUGCCAACGCAUCCAAACCGAUCUUCUCUAAACAGGACCACACACACAAAAUAUACCAAAGGAAUCCGGACUGCUGGGCGUAUGACCUUGACUUGACUCCAAUAUCGCCAUGGAACAGCUAUGGGAAAACCCGGAAAGCUGGGACGUUGUUGUCCCCACGACAUGCGGUGUGGGCGAGGCACUACAGUAUCCGUGUUAACAGCACACUCCGGUUCGUGGACCGUCACAACAACGUGGUGGAUAGAACGGUGAUAAAGACGAGAGCUCUGUACACCAACACUUCGGCUCACCAGAGCUUCCUUCAUGGCCACGAUAUGGUGGUAGGACUCUUAGACAGCGAUGUACCAGCCUCUAUCUCCUUUGCCAAGGUUUUGCCUAGGAACUUCACCGUUCUUAGACCUCACAUGGAGAUGGUUCGAUUGCCUGUCUUCAGCACCGACUUUGAAGAGAAAGCAUUGGUCGCAGACUUCAGCUAUAUGAGCGGAAACAUGGCUUCCCUGACGGAACCCAUCACUACUUCCACAAGACACAAGUACUACGAACGAAAGAUCGUUGGGGAUAGCGGAAACCCGUCCUUCUUCAUUAUAGACAACCAGCUUCUGUUCCUUUUCGUAUUUACUUACGGAGGCGCAGGGUCUGGCACUUCCAUUCAGUACAACUUUGAUGAAAUCAACUCCAUCAUGGCACACCUCGGUGGGGGAUAUCAGUUGACAGAAAUCGAUUUGUCACAUUUCAUAACUGCUGCUAAAGUAAAUGCUUUGUUUGGUAGUCCUUUGUUUGGAUAGUUUUUUUUGCAAUAAAAAUAUCUUGUCUUUGA